AUGGGUGGGAAAACGAGCAAGGCACAUCACCAGGAAACCCCUGGGGGGAGUCAAGAAACUAACCAAAAGGAGACCAAAGGUGACACUGGUCAAGAACUGGCAAAGGAAUUUGCGUCCAAACUAUCGCUCGGACCAUCGAAGAAGGAGGGCAGACGACAUGUUCCAACGCAGCAAGGACACAAGUGUGAGGAGAAAGCCGGAGCAAGUGAGAAAUCACUACCAGGAUCUCGAGAAGUGAACGGUGAAGCUGACCCAACAAGAAAUGGCCCGAGUGCAGAUACACUUUUACAUAAUGAUGAAGUCAAUACCGCCGUCGUUGUACUUACUCUCAUCACCGAUAUCUGCAAACAGGCCCCUAACCCUUCCAUCGAAGAACAAGAGCAGCUGCGUGCCGUCUUCGAACAGAUGCCGUAUCUCUUGACCCUCGAGGCACGUGGAAGUGAACUGGGGAGCCAUUGA